AUGGUGGCCGAGAAAACUCAAAAACUCGGCCAUCAGCUUUUUUUUGGUUUUUUGCUGAUUUCUGGGGGUUUUCUGAAAAAUAGAAGAACAGUCAGGUGGUCUAGAAAAUGCAAAAACUCGGCCAUGAACGUUUUUUUUCAAAUUUUUUGUGAUUUUUUGUUGGUUUCUAGGACAACACUUGUGCACCAAGAACGCCUUCAAAAAAUUGCUGAAAGAAACGAUCGUCCAUUUCUGGUGUCAGUUUUUUAUUCGAAUAAAAACGAGAAGACGGAUUCCGAAAAAUUGGGAGCCAAAAAUCAAUUUGUCAAAUUCAUAAUGGAAAUAAUUUCGAAAAUCGAAAAUGCCGAUGAGCUGUGUGGCAAAAAGAUUUUUGAGAAAAUUCGAGAAAAUUCGGAUUCUGAAGACGUCAAAUCUUGGACCAACUGGAUUCUGGAGAAUUUCAAGAAUUCUGGAAAUUCUGGAGAACUGGAAGUGACAUUUAUGAUUGGCAGUCGUGAAGUGUCAGGACUCGCACGAUCUGAAAAUUCGGAAAAUUCUGAAAAUGAUAAAUUCAUGGUUAUUAUGGGUACUAUAGGUACAAUGGGUACUAUGAGUACUAUGGGUACUUUGGGUGCAAUGGGUACUAUGGUUAUUAUGGGCUCUACGGGUGCUAUGGGUACUAUGGGUAUCAGCUUGAUUGGUGAGUCAUGGGAUCAUGGAGAUAAUGGGUACUACAGGUCUUAUGGGUACCAUGGGUACUAUGAGUACUAUGGGUACUAUGGGUACUAUAGGUCCCUUGGGUACUAUGGCUACUAUGGAUUCUAUGGGUACUAUGGGAAAAUGGGCAAUUUUCGAUCGAAAAAUCGACUUUUCUGA